GCCCACUAUGUCAAGGUUCGCGGGCGUCUCGACAUGCCAUUGAUAGACAUUUGGGAUAGAUACGCACCAUUUUGUGCUGAAAUCUAUGAAGUUUGUUCAAAGAGUGUCGCUCCUGUCAAACGCUUUAGAGAUAUUGCUCAACGUUUGCACGACGGCUCUAUUCCGUAGUGGUGCAGGGCCCAGCGUUGCUUUAUUCAUUGAUACCCUCCCGUCGAAAGACAGUAUUUGUCCUGUUCAGGUGAGCCGGCAUAUAAUACAAGUACAAAGGGUUAUGUAUGUAAGACAGAUACCGUCAAGGUACGAAUGAAAUUCGUUCAAACGUCCGUGUUCAAACCGCUCGCCGCGAGCACAGCAUCUUCAUUGGAAGCAUAGAGUGCGCGUCGUUCUUACUUGAGAGC